GACGGUUUGGAUGUACCGUGCACUAUUCAGUGUCCCCUCGACGAUCACCAGAGGUGUACGGCCAGUGUAGGAGAUCGCUCCCCACACCAUGAUGCCGGGUGUUGGCCCUGUGUACCUCGGUCGUAUGCAGUCCUGAUUGUGGUGCUCACCUGCACGGCGCCAAACACGCAUACGACCAUCAUUGGCACCAAGGCAGAAGCGACUUUCAUCGCUGAAGACGACAGGACUCCAUUCGUCCCUCCAUUCACGCCUGUUGCGACACCACUGGAGGCGGGCUGCACGAUGUUGGGGCAUGAGCGGAAGACGGCCUAACGGUGUGCGGGACCGUAGCCCAGCUUCAUGGAGACGGUUGGGAAUGGUCCUUGCCGAUACCCCAGGAGCAACAGUGUCCCUAAUUUGCUGGGAAGUGGCGGUGCGGUCCCCUAUGGCACUGCGUAGGAUCCUACGGUCUUGGCGUGCAUCCAUGCGUCGCUGCGGUCCGGUCCCAGGUCGACGGUCACAUGCACCUUCCGCCGACCACUGGCGACAACAUCAAUGUACUGUGGAGACCUCAUGCCCCACGUGUUGAGCAAUUCGGCGGUACGUCCACCCGGCCUCCCGCAUGCCCACUAUAAGCCCUCGCUCAAAGUCCGUCAACUGCACAUACGGUUCACGUCCAUGCUGUCGCGGCGUGCUACCAGACUGCGAUGGAGCUCCGUAUGCCACGGCAAACUGGCUGACACUGACAGCGGCGGUGCACAAAUGCUGCGCAGCUAGCGCCAUUCGACGGCCAACACCGCGGUUCCUGGUGUGUCCGCUGUGCCAUGAGUGUGAUCAUUGCUUGUACAGCCCUCUCGCAGUGUCCAGAGCAAGUAUGGUGGGUCUGACACACUGGUGUCAAUGUGUUCUUCUUUCCAUUUCCAGGAGUGUAUUUAAUAAGCUGCCACAUGCUAUACACGAUCUUCCUUAACAUACAUUCAAGAAAGACUGCAUCAAUGGUUUAUUGCCCACCCGUUCUAUGAGAUCAAUGAUUUCUUUAACUGUAAAAUGCAGUAAUCCAACAGAUGACCCACUGUACAUUUAUUGUAAUAUAAGCUAAAAUAUUUCAGUAGUCAAUACCUUAUCACUCUGUAUUAUAAAGUGUAGCUUCAUUUGACGUUGUCAAUUGCUGUAAUGGCCUAAAGACAAUAAAAUCUUUAUUAUUAUUAUUAUUAUUAUUAUUAUUACUGACAAACUGUGGCCAAGAAACAAGUGACCACAUGCUGCUCAACACGUCAUUCCUCACUUCAAUGACUGCUUCACAGCCUGUGCCAUAUGGAUCCUUCCCACCAAUACCAGCUUUUCUGAAUUGUGCGGGUACAGCAUCUCGCCUCUUUACAGUAGCAUUCAAUGGAACAUAUGCUCCUCCAUCUGGUUUUUGUUUUGACAUUAAUUGUGAAGAUGAACCAAUUAUUGAUGAUAUUAAUAGCCCAGAUUAUAAUGUUGAUUCACGAAUUGCAGAUUUUACAGCCUACAUUGAGAAUUAUGCAUCUCAUCUCCAAACUGAACACGUACUGGUCUCAAUGGGAGAAGAUUUCAAUUACCAAGAUGCUGCCACAUGGUUUGUCAACUUGGAUAAAUUGAAAAAAUAUAUUAAUGCCAAACAGGAAGAAGGAGGCAGACUGAAUCUAUUGUAUUCAACUCCAGCCUGUUACCUGAAAGCCUUAAAUGAUGCCAACAUUACAUGGACUGUUAAAGAGGAUGAUUUCUUUCCCUAUGCAAGUGAUGAGCACUCUUACUGGACUGGCUAUUUUGUUUCUCGUACAACAAGCAAAUACUUUGAAAGGCAGGCAAACAAUUUUCUUCAGGUCUGCAAGCAAUUAUAUGCACUGGCUGAUGUGGAAGAAGAAUAUGAAGAGCAUUUGAGUAAUCUGCGUGAAGCACUGGGCAUUAUGCAACAUCAUGAUGCCAUUACAGGCACAGCAAGACAAAAUGUUUUUGAAGAUUACAGUCGUCUCAUAUAUGAAGGAUUUCAGCACUGUGGAAACAUUACUGAAAGAGCUCUACGCAAACUUUCAGCAUCAGAUCUGCCAUUUGAAUCUUGUUUGCUAAGAAAUGUUAGCCAGUGUGAACCAUCUGAAAUUUCUGAUACAUUUAUGGUUACUGUUUACAACCCACUGAGUCAUGAAGUCUCUUAUUAUGUCAGACUUCCAGUUCUUGGCAGUGCAUAUUCUGUGAGAGAUGCUUCAGGGAAUGAGCAGAAAGUGCAGUUGGUGCCCAUACCAGAUCCUGUUCAAAAUUUGCCUGAGAGGAGUAGUAAUGCAACAUUAGAAAUUGUGUUUCUGGCAAACGAUGUGCCACCUCUUGGCUUUCGCUCAUACUAUGUUGCAGUAGUUAACAGCACAGAUGAAGAAAUGUGGAGUGUGGUGGAAAACUCAAAUUCAUCAAUAGGAAAUGAUCAUCUUCAAGCUCUGUUCAAUAAAGACACUGGUUUACUGCAGUCAAUCAUGAUUGAUGGUGAAGAGAUGGCUUUACAACAGAACUUUCAUUAUUAUGAGGGUUGGGUUGGAAACAAUUCUGAGCCAGCACUAAGAGCCUCUGGGGCAUACAUAUUCCGUCCAAAUGGAUCUUCAGUGGCAGCGUCAUCUGCUGUUGACACAAAGAUCUUCAAAGGUGAGCUCGUUCAAGAAGUCCAUCAGACAUUUACUGACUGGAUAAGCCAAGUUACCAGAGUGUAUAAAGAUAAAAAUUAUAUUGAACUUGAAUGGUUGGUGGGUUCCAUACCAGUUGAUGAUGGUAUUGGAAAAGAAGUGAUCACUCGCAUAACAACAGACUUAGUGAACAAUAACACAUUUUAUACUGACUCAAAUGGUAGAGAAAUGUUGAAAAGGGUAAUCAACUUCAGACCUACAUGGGACUUAGAGGUUUAUGAACCAAUUUCUGGAAAUUACUAUCCUAUAACUUCAAAAAUAUUUAUAGAGGAUGUGUCUAAAGGACUAAAAUUAGCUAUUUUGAAUGACAGAGCACAAGGAGGAUCCAGCCUGAGAAAUGGAGAAAUUGAAAUAAUGGUUCAUCGUCGUCUGUUGUAUGAUGAUGGGAAAGGUGUUGGUGAAGCACUUGAAGAUGAAGCAUUUGGUAAGGGCCGAGUUGCAAGAGGGAAGCAUUAUUUGGUUGUAGGCCCAACUGAAGGAUCUGGAAACAUGAGCCUUGCAGCCCAAGAGAGACUGCUGGCACAAGAGAAGUUGCUGAGCCCAUGGAUUUUUGUUACUCCACUAAGCAUGUCAUUUGAUGAAUGGACAUCUUACACUACAGAGUUCUCAGGAAUCCUUCAAAACAUCCCACAAAAUGUCCACAUUCUAACACUGGAACCGUGGAAGAAUAAUACAGUGCUACUGCGGCUGGAACAUAUAUUUGAAAAGAAUGAAGAUCUUGUUCUUUCAGAUGCAGCUGUUGUGAAUUUGGAGGAGCUGUUUACACCAUUUGUUGUGAAGUCCAUACGUGAAACAACGCUGGCUGCAAACCAGUGGCUUGGGGAAUAUGGCAGGCUCAACUGGACAGACACAUCAGGCAUUAGUACGGACAGCUGGGAGGUCCCUAACGAUAUUCCUAAUAUCUCUCUUAAACCUAUGCAAAUCAGAACAUUUGUUGUUGAAGUAACCCGGUGAGAUAUUAGCAAAUAUUUGAUUUUUUGCAUCUUCUAGGGUCAAAAUAUAUGUAAAAUGUAAAAGAAUUAAUUUCUGAAUAAAUAAUGCUUUAUGAAUAUA